AUGCAACCUUCAAGCCUGUCUAACGACGUUGACUCCGGCGACUUGGCAGCGUCGCCGGCGGGGGAGGGGGACCUACUGAAGGAGAUACAAGAACGCCUACAGAAAUCCGGCAUGGAUGGCGGGCUCAUCAACGGCGAAGUCUCAGGAGGAGCUCUGCUGCUGAUAAACGACCUGGCACACGAAGUUGGGAAACUACGUACGCGCAAUGCAAUCCUGGCACAGGAAUUACGUGGGACCAAGAGGAGUUGCGAGGAUAAUGAAAGUGAGACUGAGGGCGGACCCAGCAAGCGCCUUGCUCGCACAAUUAGUGACCAAGAGCAGGCUAAAGCAGUAAACCGGAGGCUCAGAGUCAUAUCAGGGGUAAAGGUACCAGGGCCGUUGUUGCCGAAACCGAGAAUUAUAAAGGACACCAGCAACGACGUGGCGCCGCUCCAACAAGAAGACGAGGAACUAGUCCCUGUCCCGCCUGAUUCCGACGGAGAGUUCUCGCCUAGUGGACGCCAACGCAGUCGCAAGGAGAUGGUGACAUACGUACAUGCGCGAAGGCAGCAGAGGGAGAGGGCAAUGCGACGGAACCGCGAGAUCGAGGAUGCGAGGCGUAGGGCUGAAAUGGAGUUCACGGGGCGCACCCCAGACUUAUUUGGGGUGGUACAUUUGCCCCGACAGGCACCACAACGCGACAACACACUGCGCGGUAUGGCAUUAGCGUCCACAUACAUAUCUACGAGGAGCAACACAGUGUUUGUCCGGUCUACAGCGCUACUGGCUGAAAAAUGGGAGCGCAAAAAGCCGUCAGCAUACAGGGCCAGCAUGGGCUCUAACCGACACAACGUAUACGAAAAGGCCCCUCAUGGGUUCCCCGAGAGUCCCUUCGAAGCCACACAACUGGUGAAAAUCACACAGGAUGUGCGGGUACCUCCAUGGGUGCGGGUAGAGGCGUACACCUUGCUGGACAUCUUUAGGGAUAUUGCAGGGCGCGUUAUAGCAAACUGCCGUGACAGGACCAUGAAUUACGUGCUCACCAUUGCUCUUGUGGACUACAUCCCUGAUGUUGACAAGAGUUAUUUCGCAAAAACGGCCAUUGCGCGUGACCCCAGGAAACUGGAGGCAGCAGCUCACGAUAUAUCACCCAAGUACCCCAGCCAUCAUCGACUCCUGGAAAUUGACGACUUGGGGAGAAGCAUACUUCUUUAUGGGCACCCUGGAGGAGUAAACCCCAUUGUGGGUGCAAUACUCAACAUGAUGUUUGGUGCGGACAGACGCUCAGUAUUUGGAUACGGACUGUCGAGAAUGUUGAGCCCUGCAGACCGGAAUGCACGCACAGCGUUUGUGAAACAGUUUGCAAUUAUAGCAGCCCAUAGCAACCUCUAUCGAGAGGGCAUUAGGCGAUUCAACGCCGAUAACCCUGGAAAGGAGUUCAGGCCACAAUCGGGACCAACAUAUCGAUUCACUCGAUGUGAGAUUGACCCGGAUCACAUUCGUAACAUGUCCACAGGCCUGGUUAUCGAUGUACUCAUCAACAACGGCAUCCCACCCGAGUGGAUAGACCACGCGUACAACUUCGGGUUCCAGUACUUCAAUCAGAAGCAUUCGGGAACCACCAUGGACGAGUCACUGUAUGCAGAUAUCGAUAACGAACGCCUACGCCGGCUGGACGCAUUCGGAGAACCAGCCCCCAUCGCAGAAUGGGACGGCUGGCGCCCAGCGACAGAGGGCGAUCGCAUUCGCCUUGCGUUAAUACUAGAACAGGAGGAGGGGUUACAACCACCCCGAUUCAGCCUCAGAGAUUCAGGAUGGCUCCUCGCAGGGCAGCCACCGACGUCAAGGUUUCUCGUGAAUCGACCGGACCCCAUGAUUGUCGAACCUGGAGAAGCGCCGGCCUUGACCACUCAGCCCACUCCUAUCACGUCGACAGCAGCGGGCGCUAGCAAGACGCCCAGCGCUAACGCGCCUGAAGUUGAAGCGUCCCUUGCUAGCGCUGCCAGCUCAGCCCUCACAAUAAGUGAGGAACCCAGGCCGCACAGCGCUAACGCGCCUGAAAAGGUUCUAUUGGUCACGAUUAGAGAUAAGGGCCUAUGCCCUUGUCCAACUUGUCUUGUGCCAAAGUCCAAGCUAGACCAGCUUGGAUUGAAACGUGACAAGAAUCUCCGAACUGAUAAUAGAACAGUUUGUCGAUACAUUGUCGAGCAAGUUGCACUCGCCCGUGAUGCCAUUUAUUGUCUUGGGCAUUCAAUAAAAUCGGAAGUUGUCGAUCGCCUCCUCAAGCCGUUUUCUGGUGUUCCAACAGAAAAUGCUUUUGUUGCGCGUUUGGGCCUUGAUUUUAACCCGUCUGAUAUGCUAACUGUUGAUUUGCUGCAUGAGUUUGAAAUCGGGGUCUGGAAAAGCUUAUUUACUCAUCUGAUUAGAUUACUAUAUGCUGCUAGAGGGGGUUCCGAUGAACUUGUAACAGAGCUAGACAGACGAUACCGACAGGUCUCAACCUUUGGCAAUGGUACUAUACGUAACUUUGCUGAAAAUUCUUCGGAAAUGAAAAAAUUGGCAGCACGCAAUUUCGAAGACCUUUUGCAAUGUGCUAUUCCUAUAUUUGAAGGACUGUUUCCAGAUCCACAUAAUCGACAAAUUUCAAAGCUCUUGUACCGUACCGCCGAAUGGCACGGUUUGGCCAAGAUGCGAAUACAUACCGAAGGGAGUUUAAAAUUGCUUGACGAGCUCACUUUUGAAUUUGGCAAAUUAAUGCGUGAAUUUCGAGAUAAACAGCGUCGUCAAGCACAGAAACAGGCGUCUACUGUGGAAAAUAAUGCACCAGCCAAAGCACCUUUGAGCCGACGUUCAAUAAAAUUCAAUCUGAACACACCAAAGUUUCAUUUUUUAGGGGAUUAUGUCCGACAUAUUCGAAAUUUUGGAACCACUGAUUCUUAUUCAACUCAACUGAGCGAAGUGGCCCAUCGUUUGCUAAAAUCAUUGUACAAAUUGACAAACAAAAAGGAUGCCAACAAGCAGAUUGCUCAAAAGUACAGUCGCAUGAUGGCCUUGCAGAGUACAAUGCCCUAUCAACAGGAUUGUAUGGCUGAAAGGGCAGAAGCAGCAGUAUCUGGGCAUCUUCAAGACACGCACUAUAUCUCAAAAUCACGAAAUACGCCAGUCCCAAUUUUCGCUUUUAUGCAAAAUGAUACUGAUCCUGCAAAGAAGAACUUUUUGCAUCUCCUCAAGAAUCACCUACUAGGCCGAUUGACUGGAAGAACAUUUGACGGCGACGACACAGAUUCUCUUUUUGAUGAUGAAGAUUGUAAUAAUCUUCAAUUUAUCAACAAUACAAUGUUUCGAGUUAAUACUAUGCGUACGUAUUAUACUACGUAUGACAUGCGACGGGCAUAUGACACCAUCAGCACACGAAGCCAUCCGUUUGUCAUGGUGCUAUCUCCAGAAACGGAACCAGGUGCCCAUCCCUUCUGGUAUGCAUCUGUGAUAGGUGUUUUUCAUGCAGACGUUCAGCACACGGGGCCAAAAUCACGCAAUUGCAGCCCAAAGCGAGUGGAAUUUCUGUGGGUACGUUGGUUGGGGGUAGAACCUGGGUACAAAUCUGGUCGAAAACUAGCAUGUCUUCCCAAAAUCGGAUUUGUUGUAGAAGACGAUGAAUUUGCGUUUGGAUUUUUGGACCCUUCUUUGGUUGUUCGUGGAUGUCAUCUACUUCCAUCCUUUGUUGACGGGCGGACAAAUGAAUUGUUGCGCACAACAGGUCCAACUCAGGCCAGACCGCCCCAGGAAACCGAUGACUGGAUGAACUACUAUGUCAACAUCUUUGUUGAUCGUGAUAUGCUAUCUCGAUAUCUCGGCAUUGGAAUCGGUCACCAAGAAGCCUCAGGAAGAUUUCAAUUUGAAGAGCCUUCCGACAUUGCAGAAGAACUUGAGGCAGCAGAAGAUGAUGGACCUGGGUGUCCCGAUGACAUGUCUGAUGACUCAGAGUCCGAUAAUGAAGAUAUCGACAGUCAUUCAGCAAACGAGGACUUUGACGAUGACACUGUUGAUAACGACGAUCUUGGUUUUAAUGAUUUGUAA